GCUGCAUCACCAUGGAGAGAGGGUCGCGGCGCAAUGAGCAAUCGCGAAAAUGAUGUAGCGAAUUAAAAUGAACAAGAUAGCUGCAAGUUAAAACAGCUUAUUAACAGUGCAGUGUUUACAGCGGCCUUUAGUUUAGUUGAGAUGUCUUACACUAGGGCGUUUGGUAGGAUUAGUUCUCGUCAGUCGCUGUGUGUGUAGGGACCUCAGUCGUUGUCUCUCUCCGCCCCCCCAUGUUAUGUUGUUAUAGGACGUGCGUGCGGCAGAGCGAACGGGGCCUCGUGAUGCAAUGCUGUGUGGGGACCUGGCGAUCUCGUUCUCGUCAGGGUCUCGCGAGGAAGGUCAAGGGUCAAGCGCGUUCUGUGGUAUCGCAUCGUCGCGCGGCCUUUCAAAGGUACCAACACUUGGAGCCAACUAUGACACAUUUGGUAUUUGGCGUUCAACAGCAGCACAUUUCAUUUGAGGAAGUGGAAGAACACAUUCUACAAGCAGCAUGGAAUCAGCUUUGAUGUUAGCAGACUCCAUGUCAUCAGGCUACACCAUUGACAUCCAGCUGACAGAGCUGGGCUUCCCAGAUCUCUUCAAGAAUGAAGACAUGGGGGUGAAGAAAUUGCCAACUCUUAAUGGAAACUCCCCUUCAACACCUGUCAGUUCUCCAGAUUCUCAGAUAUCAUCCUCUCCUUCCCCAAACAUACAGGCCAGCUUGCCAGGAAGCAAUGUACCUUCUGUCUUCAGUGAUUCAAACACUCAGAUCAGUACUCCUGCUUCGAUGAAAGCUCUGAGCCAUGAAAACAGCUCAUAUACAGACAUCAGCCUCCGUACUGGCAUGCAGCUAAGACCUCGGACCCGUCUUAACGGAAGCGACACAAAUCUGACUAACGUGAACCCUGCAUUAAUUCAGCAUGAUGGUACUGCCAGUGCCAGAUUGAUUAGUGAACAGGAUGCUGAGGUGGUUCUGCCCAUUUCUCAUCAUGUUGGCAGAGGUGGAAGAAGACACAGCAUUGGUAAUGGAAAGGAACAGGCCAUAAACACUUGUAAAAACAGCAACACAGUGGAGAAAGACACUGGGGAGUCUGAGACGGACUCUGAUGAGACCGAAGACAGCGAUGUUCCAGAGGAAGACAUUGACAACGAAGAUGAGUAUGAUGAGAAAGAAGAGACAAUGUAUUUAGCAGAUGUCCCAGGAGACAAAUCAGGUGAGCACCGCUGCAGAGUCUGUGACCUCACUCUGCCCUCAGCUUUCCUGCUCCGCGAGCACAUGCACCUCCACAGCGGUGCACGCCCCUACCGCUGCUCAGAGUGUGGCAAGCAGUUCUGUCACCUCGCCAACUACCGCAUCCACCUGCGCAACCAUGCACAGGCCACACCCAUUCGUUGUAGGGUAUGUAAAGCCAUUUUUCAAUCUGUAGAGAGCCUGCAGACCCACUUGGAAAAGUCGCACUUGGAGAAGGAAUUCUAUCAGUGUGAUUUCUGCAAGCGCAUCUUCACUUGCUUGAACGAGUGCCAGCGCCAUUUGGAGCUGCACCGGCAAAACCUUAUGCGACAUCAGUGUCCUCAGUGCGAGCGGCACUUUCGUCGGCACAAGUCACUGACCCGUCAUUUGGCACAGCAUAACAGGCAGCGCACAUACUUGUGCACUGAAUGCGGCCAGGCCUUCCCCAAGAAGAACAUCCUGUUCCGGCACAGCUUCUCGCACCUGGGCCUUCUGCCGUAUACCUGCGUUCGCUGCCAGCGCCACUUCCGCCUUGCCUCUCUCUAUCAUAAGCACGAGUGCAAGCCAGAGCGUAUCCAGUGUGUGGCCUGCCUGGGUUUCUUUCACAGCCAGCGGGACUUCCAGAGACACAAGAAGGAGACAGGUUGCUGGGGCCACCAGGGAGCCAAGGGUGAUGAAAUCCGCUGCAUGGAGUGUGGGCAGGCCUUUGGAAGUGUCGGGGAGCUGAAGAAGCAUGCAGGGGCCCAUCAGAGGGUGCUGACCUGUUCGGAGUGUGGGAAGGGCUUUCGCUCUGCCCUGCUUCUCAUGUCCCACAUGGGGGGUCACGCGAGCCAAAGACCUUACCUCUGUCAGCGCUGUGGACUGGGCUUUCCUCACCAACAAGCCUAUGACAGUCACCAGAAAGACUGUGGUCGUCUGAAUCCUUCAGCAGGAGCACUGAAGAAGCCAAAGAUGACAGAGCUGGCUAAAUCAGAUCCACCCGUUAAGACUCCUGUAAAGGAUGAUAAAUCAGUGGAGGACACAGAAAAAGUAUGGACGCUUACACUUGACAAAAUGCCACCUCCAGGGGCGGCACUGAUAGUGUACCUCCCAGUCCCCACAAACUGCUCCACUCCUCCGGGUGCAACACUGUCCAAAACGAUGCCAGGUGAAGAUGCAAUAAAGGCCACGGUAGCUCCUCUAGCGACCUUCCUGAGCACAAAACAAAACCUCCUCACAGAGACUGACCCCUUGGGAAGUCCUGGGGCUGUGUUGCAACUGAAGAUUCCUGCGAAUGCGGUCAUGCCUGGAGCCAUGCAGUUUGCAGAAGGGCUGCAACCACUUCUGACACUGGAUUAUGACAGAGACUGCACAAGUGUAAGUGUGCCUAGUACAACAGUUGGAGAUGUAAACCCCAAGGUUACCAGCCUCACUGUUGUGUCCUCCAUGUCCCCACAGAUAUUUACAGAGACAGGUAACUCCAUUGUGGCAGCAGAGGGCUUGAGGGUGGAUUUAUCAAGAAUAGAGGGGCCCGGCUUUGACCAGAAUUAUGUGACACAUCAGAAAAUGGGGCAUGCAUGGGAGAGUCACAAUGAAACGGGUGUGGUGGGAAGGACAGUUGCAGAUGCAAAGGUCAUGGAGGGUGAGGAAGGGAACAUGAAGCAAACAACGGUUCUUUUGAAGCUGGAAAAGGAAGGUAGUACAGGAAUCUGCUGUGAAGUUGGGGAGCAGACAGGGGAAUAUAUGACAUUUUCAAAAAAAGAAGAAAAGGGGAUGAUGAUCCAAAUGAAAAAUAAGCCCUUGUCCUGCAGGCAGUAUGAAACAAUCUCAACCUUCCCGGAAAAGGAGGAGCCUUAUGCCACAGACACUGGCUGUGUAGAGCCAGGGGACUCAAGAACUGCACCGUUUCAUAGCUUGAUAGCCAUAAAGUGUGAAAUGGGAUCAACUGAGGGGAUUAAUCUGACGCAGGCAGAGGACAAUCAAGGGGGGCGCGAAAAUCGGGAGGACAAUAAAGAGGGAGGAACAAGGGGUUUUGACUGUGUGGAGGUGGAGAUUCGGGAUGACGUGGAGAGAGAUGGGGAAACAGAAGAUGAACCCCAUGAGUGUAUAAACUGUGGCAGGAUUCUUCUGGAUGGGAAUCUGCUGGAGCACUACAUGCAGCAUGCUGCAGAAUCGGACUGCGCUUUCCCUGAAGAGUCCUGCGAGACUUGGUCUGAGCCUCACUUACCCUCCCCUCCUCCCAGUCUCCCAAGGAAGGAGCGGAAACCCCGUAAGAAACGCUGAUACUCCCUGAUUUGCUUAAUUUCGUACACCCAGUUAAAGAAAAGCAUCUCUCCAAAUUUAUGUGAAAGUGAUUUCAAAGUUUCAGAACAUGUUAAAAGGAAAUCCAAUGUUUUCAUCCCACUACUUCAAUGGAGUGAUUUCAAAAGAAUUUAGCACAGAACUACUUAGAAGUGUACUCAAUAUCUGUUUCAAUUUUGGUUGUGUAAAUUCAUAAUACAGCAAUAAACGCACAUUAAUUGUUGGAGCAUAACAUACUGCUCCAGGAAUCGAAUCCAUAUAUAACUUUUGUUCAGGUAUUACUUCAAAAGUGUUGAAGCUUCAGAAAGACUUGCAUUAACUUCACUUUUUAAAAUCUUUUUUAAAAUGUUUUAGUUUGCCGCUCUGUGGUGAAUAUAUUUCUGGCAGGGAUGACAUAAUGGCACUCUUCUUUAUUAUAACUCUUUCUGAUGUUUUGUUUGGAUAGCUGUAUUUAAUGCUUUAUUUAAUUUUCCUAGCAGUACACUGAAAGCAUGCCAUACACUUACUUUCAAAUAACCAUUACAAGUCUGGUGAAGGAUAUACAUAGAGCCCUAAUGCGGCCCCAUACAGUAAAGAAUAAGGGCUGUGUCGGUUUAUGAGAAUAUAUAUCCUUUUUUCAUCCAGGCUUACUGUUUAGUUCAGCAAUAUUUGCAUCAUUUGACUUCCCUAUUUAAUUCUGUUGAAGGGCUUGUAUCGGAUGAUUGUAUCACAAUGCUGGAGCAGAGGUACGCACCUUAGUGUUUUAAAUGUAGUGGUUUUGUCCCUUGGUGGUGUCAGCAUGGCUAUUUUAACACAGUAACAGUAUUGGAACAAAACCAACAAUAUAUAUUCCACUUCCUAUCAUACUGACCAUUUCAACCAAUCAAUCAAAUGUACCACUAAAGUCAAUUUAAAACAGAACUGAAACAGCAGAUUCCAUACAGUUGUUGCAGGGCAUGGUGGCACAGC